GCUGGGGACCCGCGUACUGAGUUGUGAAAUAUGUUUGCGGCUUCGACGCAAGUAUUUAAUUUUGUUUACUUGUACAGUGAAAAGCAGAAAUGGCAGACGGCAACAACACUGACAAAGAUGCAGAGAAUGUGAUACGCAUAAUGGUUGCGACUGACAACCAUUUGGGCUACUGCGAGAAGGACGCUGUGCGUGGUGAGGAUAGUUUCAUUGCAUUUGAGGAAAUACUUCAGAUGGCUGUAGAUGAAGAUGUGGAUAUGAUUCUACUGGGUGGUGAUUUGUUCCACGAUGCAGUUCCUAGUCAAAAUGCAUUCCACAAAUGCAUUGAAUUAUUGAGGCGCUAUACGUUCGGAGAUAAACCAGUCUCCUUGGAGAUAUUAAGUGAUCAGUCGUCUUCAUUCCAUAAUGCUGUCAAUCAAUCGGUGAAUUACGAAGAUCCAAAUCUAAACAUCGCCAUACCAGUCUUCUCCAUACACGGCAAUCAUGACGAUCCAAGUGGCUUUGGACGUCUUAGCUCUUUGGAUUUGUUGAGCACAACAGGACUGGUGAAUUACUUUGGGCGUUGGACAGAUCUUACCAAAGUGGAGAUUAGUCCCAUUCUAAUACGGAAAGGCGAAAGCAAAUUGGGACUCUACGGACUGAGUCAUAUACACGAUGCCCGUUUGGCGCGUCUUUUUAAGGAUUUUCAAGUCGUCAUCAAUGGGCCCAACGAGGUCGACGAAGAAUGGUUUCAUCUGAUGGUCAUUCAUCAGAACCGUGCUGAUCGUGGGCCUAAGAACUACAUUCCCGAGGAGGCAUUACCUUCGUUCUUACAUUUAGUUAUCUGGGGACACGAACACGAUUGUCGAAUCGAUCCAGAGUUAAAUGUGCUGCGCGAUUUCUAUGUAUCCCAGCCUGGAUCAUCAGUGGCCACAUCGUUGUCUGAAGGCGAAGCCAAAAGAAAACAUGUUGGCAUUUUAGAGAUAUACAAAACGAAGUUCCAUCUUACACCUUUGCCACUGAAAACAGUGCGCCCAUUUGUCUUUGAUUCUGUUAUCCUCACAGAUUGGGCAGAUAGACUAAAUUUGGGCGAUGGCGACGCAUCCACGAAAGUAUAUAACUUCGCAAAGGAACGCGUUGAGGCAAUGAUUGAACAAGCCCGUCAAUCCUUAACGGGUCACCCAAAGCAGCCCUUGGAACCUUUGAUACGACUGCGUCUACUUUAUACCGAAGAAUCGCACAUGUUCAACACUAUACGCUUCAGUCAAAUGUUUGUUACACGUGUGGCCAAUCCUUCUGAUGUUGUUAAGUUCGAAAGACUCGUCAAGCGUAUAAAGAGCGAUAAGAUUAGUGUUGACAAAGAAGCGAUGCAACGGGCGAUGGAGGUGGAUAAUACAACGCGGGUCGAGCAGCUGGUGGAUAAUUAUUUCGAGGAAGCCAAAGCAAAGAACCCACUUAAGCUGAUGCACUCGAAAGCAUUGGCGGAAAUCACCUAUCGUUUGGUAGACCACAAGGAUAAUAACGCAGCUGACAAUAUUUUCAAAUAUUACAAUGAAAGAGCUGUUGAGCAUUUAAUGGAAACUUUGCCAGAUGAUGAGAACAUCGAUGAAGAAUUAUCGAAGUUUAGGCACCGCUACAGUGCCGAUGAUAUAUUGAAAGCAUUGGAUACAUCAGGUCCUAGCCGAAAUGUUUCAACGUCUCUAACUAGCUCUACGCUAAAGAUAGAGAAUAAUGCUGACCUAACAGAGUCAAACAUACGUGGAGGAGCACGAGGACGAGGUGCACGUGGACGUGGACGCGGUCGUGCUACAGCAAGCGGUGCUACAACAACCAGUCGACCAACCGAUACAUCAAGUCGCAUUUCGGAUAAACAACAAACUCUACUGGGCGCCGUCAACAGUGGACGCAGUGCCAAGGUUAUGUCCUAUGUAAUAUCUGAUGAUGAUAGCGAUUAAUUCAUAUGCUUGAAGCACAUUUUGAUAUUUUUAUAAAAAAUGGUCUUAAGAAAGAUUAAAUUUUGGUAAUAUUACACAAUGAAAUUAUAAUGUUCAAUUCAAUUCCAGUGAAACGAAAGAACAC